CUGGUUUACUGUGAAUCACUCAUAAACCUCGUUGUGGUGCGGCGGAAGCAGCUUUGUCACAACCUCCAACAUGAACGACCCUCCCGUCUACACCGCACCUUCCGCGCGCGAGUAUGCGCAAAAGUACACAUACCUUCCGACACAUGUGUCGGAGGACUCGGUUUCCGAGUCCAUGACCACUUUACACGAGCUACCCUCGGCGUACGACGAGUCCAAUGGAGCUCCUCGGUCUAUGAUGCGCACCCCCAGUCCCACACCGAGCGAAUACAAUGCACUCAAUGGGAUCAGUGAGAAGCGGUCGUUGAAAGACAAUAUCAUUCGAGUGGUUGUCCUUCUCCUCGUUUUGGCUGUCGUCAUUGUCAUCGCCGUUCUGCAUGACCAAAUCAUCACUGCACUCCGGCCUGCUACCAACUGGCUCGAAAAGCAGAAGAUCCUGGGCCCGAUCAUCGUCAUUAUUGUCUUUCUUCUUUUCGGUCACGAACUGGUCGCGAUCCUUGUUGGAGUCACAUGGUCGUUACCGGAGGCCUUUGCGAUAACUGCAGUCGGCACCCUUCUGGGAGAGAUCGCCAAUUAUUUUGUUUUCCGCUAUGGCUGUCAUUCACGAGGCGAAAAACUUGAGAAAACGAGUCUCGACUAUGGUCUUCUCGCGCACGUCGUUCGCAAGCAUGGGUUCCCGAUCAUCCUGGUCAUUCGCUUUAGCGCAAUCCCGUCCCAUCUUUCAACGACCGUUUUCGCCACCGCAGGGAUCCCCUUCCUCACGUACCUGGCUGCAGCAAUCCUCUCACUCCCGAAACCUCUUGUGCCGGUGUAUGUUGGGUAUGCGAUGAAAUCGAAUGGUACCCAAAGUAAAACUAUCGAGCACAUCGUUUUGGUGAUAACCAUCGCCAUAACCAUUGGCGCUCUGAUCUGGAUUCGGAGGCUGGAAGCGCUCGCGAAACCUGACGUCAUCUACGCUCGCCGCAAGGCCCGUCAAGCAAAGCUGUUAUCCAGCACGGCCUACGAAUCUAAUGAACGCUAUGAUGCUUAGAGUGGCUCUGUAUUUACGAGGACAAUAUAUUUCUGCGCAUUGUAUCUAGUAGCUAUUUCAUCAUCUUCCAUCCUUGGCCGCACUGUGAAGGCCUCGCCUGUGCGCGCUUGACGUGAUAGUGAUCAUUCACUGGUCCAUGAUGUGAUUACUUGCUGUACACAUCUGCGACAUAUCCAGUGCAGACACCCUUCAGUCUGUUCGUCCAGGCCUCAUCCAAUACCAAGACGACAUCUUCAGCUGUGCCACGGGUCAGAUCACGUCUGAAGUCAGCAGAUAUCAUGUCCAAGCAGAGAUGGAGAGCACCUGUCUCAGGUGCGCCAUGCUGGACGCGCCGAUCAAAAUCGAAUCGCCAUAUUCACGCUUCAUGAGGGAGUGAUGAUUGAUCCAUCGCAGAGCGAUUUCAGGCAAGGUAAGACCGUGCUUCUCGCCUGCUUCCUUAACCUUUGCGAGUGUCUCAAAGUAGGGCUCGUUCCAGUAGCGACUGCGGUACAUCUGGAAAAACAUGAGUGUUGUCGAAGCGAGAGCCAAAAUCGGCUCCACUUUCCAUCCCGGAGUAGCGUCCGGUGAAGAAUCCGCCGCCAACUGAAUAUGCGAAAGGAAUGCGAUCCCGAAUUUGCGGAGACAAGGAAAGAGCUCUGGCUCAGCAGCCCGAUGGAUAGCAUUGUACAAGCCCUGAUAGACGGUGGGCUUGACCCAGCCGUUGCGCUCGCAGAUCCCGACAAUUUCAGCAACCUCCCACGACUUGUAGUUGCUGAUGCCGAAACGCUUGAACUUCCCUUCCUGGUAGAGCUCAUUGGCAGUCCGAAGUGCAUCUUCGAACGAAUUGCCACGAGUAGGCCCAUGCAGAUACCACAUCUCGAUCCGGCUGCAAGGACGCAAUGAAUACCCAAGGGUUCGAAGGCUGAGCUCACGUACUCUGCUUUGAGGGCAUCGAGCGACAUCUGACAGAACUUGCGGAUAUUUUGCGGGGAGUGGUCACCGAUGUGCGUCAAACCGAGCUCGGGCUGAGAGCACUGCAGUCAGUUCAGUUCAAAUCAAGAUCGAAGAGCGCUUACCGGGACAGAGAAAAGUUUUGUCUCCAUCAGGACCCCCUUGCCCUUCCAGUCGAUCUGACCAAGCACCUGUUCGUUGGUUCCCACUGCGUAGAAACGCGCUGCAUCGAACUAGCGAAGAUGAUCAGAGCUGGGUCCCACAGAAAGUGACUAGUAGAAACCUCGCGGUGCCCAUGACUGAGGAAGACGUCGAUCAUGGCCUCGAUGUCUUUCAGAUUAGUGACGCGUGUACCAGGAGUGCCCGGGGCUCCGAAGGUCAUCGUCCCCUGGACGUUCGAGUCGAAGCGGG